AUGGCACGCGUCUACGCAGACGUGAACCAAAAGAUGCCCAAGACGUACUGGGAUUACGACAGCGUUAAUAUAUCCUGGGGCGUCCUGGAGAAUUAUGAGGUUGUGCGGAAAAUUGGCCGAGGAAAAUACUCGGAGGUGUUUGAAGGCGUAAACGUCGUCAACUACCAGAAAUGUGUCGUCAAAGUCCUCAAACCCGUCAAGAAGCGGAAGAUCAAGCGAGAGAUCAAAAUUCUCCAGAACCUGUCCGGAGGUCCUAAUGUCGUCGCGUUGUUGGACGUUGUUCGUGAUAGUCAGAGCAAGACACCCAGUUUGGUCUUCGAAUAUGUUAACAACACCGACUUUCGAACACUGUACCCCAGAUUGGCAGAUUACGAUGUCCGAUACUACAUAUAUGAACUUCUUAAGGCACUGGACUUCUGUCAUAGCAAGGGGAUAAUGCACAGGGAUGUCAAGCCGCAUAAUGUCAUGAUUGACCAUGAGCGGAGAAAGUUGCGGCUCAUCGAUUGGGGACUCGCAGAGUUCUACCAUCAAGGCAUGGAAUAUAACGUCCGUGUUGCCUCGCGAUAUUUCAAGGGCCCGGAGCUCCUCGUUGACUUCCAGGUGUACGACUAUUCCCUGGACAUGUGGUCUCUUGGAGCCAUGUUUGCCUCCAUGAUAUUUAGAAAAGAACCGUUUUUCCACGGUAGCAGCAAUGCGGACCAGCUUGUCAAAAUUGCCAAAGUCCUUGGAACAGACGAUCUGUUUGACUACCUUGACAAGUACAACAUUGAGCUGGACCCCCAGUACGAUGAGAUCCUCCAACGGUAUCAACGUAGGCCAUGGAACUCCUUCAUCAGCGCUGAGAAUCAGAGAUUCAUUAGCAGUGAUGCCAUUGACUUCUUGGACAAGUUGCUCAGAUAUGACCACACAGCCCGUUUGACUGCUCAGGAGGCCAUGGCACAUCCAUAUUUCUCCCCUGUUCGCCAUACUUCUACUAACGCACAAAGCAACACCGCAGCUGCUUCCAACGCCUAA